AUGGAACAAGGAAGCAUCAUGCCAGACACAAGAAUCUAUAACGUUGUUAUAGAUGCUCUUUGCAAGGAUAGAAUGAUGGAUGCUGCAAUUAGCCUUUUCGAAGAGAUGAAACAAAAAGGCAUUCCUCCGGAUGUUAUCACAUAUAAUUCAUUGAUUGAUGGUCUUUGUAAAUUUGGUCAGUUGGAGAAGGUUAGGACUUUGUUCUUCGAAAUGGUAAAUCUUAAUAUUUAUCCAGAUGUGCAAACCUUGACCAUAGUGACCGAUGGACUAUGCAAAGAUGAGAAGCUUCUUUCUGUGCUGGGCAGUUAUUGUUUUUUCUCUGACUCUUCAAGGAUCUUGGGGGAAGGAUAUGUCAAGUAUAUUACAAAGGAAAUCAGCAAAGUAGUCAAACUCCAGGAAGAGCUAGACUUUGUUAUGCUUAUGCCUAAGAAGCUUUUACAACCAAUGGAUGGGUUCAAUCUUAUGGAUCCCGCUGUGUUAAGCCUCCAAUUAUCUAUGGUGAUGUCAGUCAGAAAAACCAAUGACUGCUUCCUGGUAUUCACUGGCACAAAGUAUGAGCAAGCACUGAGAUUUGAGACUUGCUCUCAAAUUGCAUUGGCUAUUAAGGAUGAGGUUGAAGAUCUUGAGAAGGCUGGCAUUAAUGUCAUUCAAGUUGAUGGAGCUGCUUUAAGGGAGGCGUUGCCUCUUAGAAAGCCCAAGGAAGCUUUCUACUUGAACUGGCCUGUGGAUUCAUUCAGGAUAACCAACUUCAGUGUUCAAGACACUACCCAGGUCGAUAUUCAGUCUUGUCCUCAUUCUGCAAGUCAAAUGGUUAUUAUUAUCUCUGUCAAAGUCUGUUGUGCUUAG